AUGUCUAUCUUUUCUCGGUAUCGAGAAUACACGCCCAUAUGGCCCGAGAUCUCGACUUCGAAGCUCGCCGUUCGCAGAUAUGCCGUCCUAGCCUCCGCCGUCAUCGUGUUGUCUGGGAUCCUUAACGUCGUUCUGUUGUACAAGUCGUGGGGGAGAUGGCCCACACCUCUCGACAAUUAUCAACACCUGAACUCACACCCGCUUCUCAACGAAGAAUUCGCCCGCUCGCUCGAGCCGCCAGAGACCAGUCGCAAUGCCAUCGUAACCACCCUUUACACCGACUCUUACGCAACAGCCAUCGCCGCGCUCGGACACUCGCUGACGAGAGUCAACAGCACCGCCCAACGGAUUGUCUUUUACCUUCCAGACAAAAUCUCGCCUCGCGCGCUGUGCAUCGCAGCAGCGUCCGGCUUCGUUCCACGCGCCAUCUCGCGCAUCGCUCCUCCGCAUAACGGCAAGGGCAUAUACUCGCACUUCCUCGACCAGUUCUCCAAGCUCAACAUAUGGACACUUGCGGACGAGGGCAUCCAGGGUCUCGUGUACCUUGAUGCAGACACGCUCGUGCUGCGCAACUUUGAUGAGCUCUUUAGCCUCCCGUACAACUUUGGCGCCGUUCCCGACGUCUACAUCGACAAGAUGGGUUUCUCACUCGGAUUCAACGCGGGCGUGCUCUUUCUGCGGCCCUCGCGCGCCGUGUUCCUCGACAUGCUCGCCAAGAUCGAGACCGCCUCCUUCAACGCGCACGAGGCCGAGCAGGCGUUCCUCAACCACUACUACGGUGCGGAGGCCCUGCGCCUCCCAUACGCGUACAACGCCAACCUCGCGAUCAAGAUGCGCCAGCCGGACCUGUGGGCGGAUCUCAAGCGCGAGAUGCGCAUCGUGCACUACACGCUCGUGAAGCCGUUCCUCGCCGAGAUGGACAACUCCGGGGUCAUCGUCGUCUCGGUGCGGGACAUGGAGACGAACAUCAAGAACAAGCUCGGUGCCUUUGGGGGGUUGUUCCAGGACGAACUUUUGGAGUGGGCUGCGAUCUGGCGGGAGACCCGCCGCACGUACUCUGAUGCGUUGGCCGAGUGUAACAGUGCUAGCCCAACUGUGGGAUCAUAG